UCACUAACUCUCUCAUCCUUCAACUCUCUCAUCUCUCUCUCUCUCUCUCUCUCUCUCUAUCUCUCAAUCAUAGCGCUGAUCAAACUAUAUACUUCGUCCCUUCUGUCUCGCUUCUUUAACCAUUGAAGUCAUCCAUCCAUCUUUCAUCAUCUAUCAUCUACUCAUCUAUCAUCUACCAUCUAUCUCCUAUCAUACAUCACGCCCCUCUCAGCCUUGUCAGCUGCUGAUCGCCUAUCAACAAGUACAGCCAAUAUCAUUGCUAUUAAUAUUAGCUAAAUCGCUGUCUUGCUACGCCUGUUUACCCCUCUUGUCGUCUUGUUAGUCUAAUAACGAGUAAUAAGACGCGGCGCCAGGCUAGGCAAAACCCCAUAGCCUCGUCGAUCCUCCAAGAACCCAUUUUUUUUUAAACGAAGCGACCAGACCAGACCCUUGACACGGUGAACUAACUUACUCCCUGCCUGCCUAAGUUACCCGCUUAGUUCAGACACAUUUAGCAGCUUAACUCCGACUUUGGGAGUCAUCGGCGGUUAUUAACCAUUCUUACUUAUAUAUUAUUAUUAUUAUCAUUAUUACAUUAUUUAAAGCGUGGAAAGUUUACGGAAACAUCCAAAGUAUACCUAGUAACUUGUCUCCGGUCAACCAGUCACCAGUCACCAGUCACAGGUCAUUCAUCCACCUGCCCGCCUGACAAAUCAAGCCGCCUCCCAGCAAACAGUACAUACAUACAUAGCAACCUCCAAUUCGCAGCGCUGGUUGGCUCUGGUUGGCUCUGGUUGGCUCUGGUUGGCUCUGGUUGGCUCUGUUGGCUCUGUUGGUUCCCUUUUGGUCCCUUUGGCUUUGGUCCCUCACUGGUCAACAACAACUCACUGGUCAAGGUCAGGCCGCAAAACUCAGCCUUUUUCCGUCUGUCGCCUUCGCCCUUCACACGUAUUUCUUCUGCCUGGGAACGUCACUCACUCCUCCUCAUCCAUCACAUCCAUCACCUGUACCUUUCUUCCUUCUUCUCUUCAUCCAUCAUCGUUCUUCUUCUUCUUCUUCUUCUUUCUUGUGUCUUCUUCUUCUUCUUCUUCAUCUUCAUCUUCUUCCUUUUAAUAUCACAAAUCAAACCACCCUUACGACACACGCCCUUCCUUUCUAUCUCCCUCACAUUUCAAUUCGGCCUAUUUCAUCAUCGCAAUUCGCCUAUCGCCAUCCGCAACUCAAUUCACACUCACCCACGCACACACAUACACACACAACCAUCUUGACACUUACAUUGCCAUGAAUCGUCUACCGCCCGUAUCUAGCCUAAUGUCGCCGCCAGAGGCAAAGCCUCUCGACAGUUUCACUCGAUCUCUUUCGCCAUGCACCUCUAAACAGUCUUCGUUUGACGAGAAUAACACCCUUCCUCCCAUCUCUUCCCAUCGAAAACGCACCCAAUCCGAGAUGGAUCUACCCUCGCCACCCGUCACCCCGUACACAGGGAACAAGAAACAAAAGUCAAACGUCCACGAUCAGAUCGAGAAUGAUGCCUCUGUCGCUUCUUCGAAAGAUCCAGUCCUCUUCCCCAACAAUGAAACCGAUAUCCUGCCUGAUGAACCACUGUUUGGCCCGCAAUUGGCCCCCGUCGCUGAACGCCUCGUCGACAAACACAUGGAGAGCCAGAUGUUAAGAUUCCAAGACAAGAAGAACAAACCGACUCGCAGGGAAUACAUGUUCGCCUUGUCCUGCGUUCCCAUUGUCGGAAGGCAGUACAAUCGGAAUCCUGGUGCCUGGGCAAGGAAGGAAAGAGAAUUCUUGGACCGUCAACUUUCAGAGACUAAACGGGUUGGCCACGAGACCGCCAUGAAAUUGAAAAAGAUCGCUCCAGCGCCAGAAAAGCGGACCCCAACCGGUGGCGUACGGGCCCCACGACCGCGGCCAAGACGUACCCCCAAGUCCACUCCCAGACAACGAGUGUACGAUUCUUUCGAUGUCGCCACCUCUACACCAAAGCCUACUCGUGUUAUCGGAACCAAUCGCGAUGAUACAGACUACAGAUCUCUGCCUGACUACUGCCCUCCAGUCGAAACUCUUCGUGGAAACACAAAGGGCUUGAAGGCGGACUGGAAAGGCCAGAUGCUGGAUCUUAGUAAUGACCCAGACCGUCACCAACUUGACCCCGCAGAAGUGGGUCUGGCCGCCACCCUUCGCCUUUCCUGCGCUACCUAUCUAUGUAGCAAACGUCGCAUCUUUGAAGCACGCCUCAACGCCCUCCGCAUCGGUAAAGAAUUCCGCAAAACCGAUGCUCAGCAGGCUUGCAAAAUCGAUGUCAACAAAGCAAGCAAGUUGUGGACUGCCUACGAAAAGGUCGGCUGGUUCAAACCAGAGUACUUUCGACAGUAUCUGUGAUUCGCGCCACUUAAUUCCGUCUUUUCUACUUGAGUCGGUACCUAGGCCAGAGUGGGACAAUGAGAACUGAAAAUUGAAUUGAAUCGCUGAUUGAAUCUGUGAUAUCGCAUGGUUGUUAUUUUAUGAAACGGGAAUGGAACUCAUAUCUCCGCCAAGCCUGCUCCUUGCAUGAUGUGGGACUACUUUGACUACAUGUUUCCCCCCUCUCUUUUUUACGACUUGAAUGUUUUCCUAACGUUUUGUUUCGGAUCUCUUAUGCAUCAUGGGUUUUAAAGGUUCGAGUUUUCUGUUUUCAUUUCUCUAUUAUUGAUUUGGAUUUUCCCGUCCCUCUACUUAUCAAACACCCCCCGAACCGAGAUUAUCAUUUUGCUAUUGUUAUGCGGAGCAAGGUAUCAGCCGGCCUAUACUUUGUGUUUCAUGGUUCCACAUUGCAUUUGAUGAUAGUCUGGGGCAGGGCAAGUUACGACCUUAGCCCAUUUGUUUGGUUUAUUUGGCUUUUGCGUUCUUACGUUCUUACUUUGAUGAUUUGCCUUUCGUCAUCUUCGAUGGGGCGUAUUCUUUUGAUUCGCAUUUACGGGGAUUUUUUUUUUUUUUUUUUUUUUUUUUUUUUGCGAAGGAAACGGAUGUGGGGGCGGGGAGGGAAAUGUUAGUUCGGACACGCGAGGGCUUUUCAUAUUUUGGCAUGUGCAUGUGCAUUGCAUGCACUUUACCAUACGGCAUUCCUUAACUUCUUUCUUUGUUUCCUUCGCUAGGUACAUUGGAGUGGCGUUCUUCAUCAUGUUGGGCAUUUUGUUUUGUCUUUCUGUCUGGGAUUUCUUUCUAUCUUUCCUGUCUAGGUUGGUUGGUUGGGAACCGGAUGAACAUUCAGAAUGAUUACAGGCCCUCGGCUUUUCAUUUUCAAUUUUUUUUAUUAUUUUUUAUCAUGGCUUAGUGGCGACUGGCUUGGUUCAUAGCAUUUGAAAUACCCAAUACCCAAUAUGAAGUCUUUCCUUAACUAAUACCUUCUAUAUACAUUUCUUGCGUAGGUGCAACCCAGAAUAAUAAUCCCUCACACACCGCGUUGCAUUGGCUACUUCAGCCACCACCUACUCCAUGUCCAUGCUCUUCAUAUCAGUAGUCUUCACCGGUCUUCUCUUUGACACACUUUAUGAGGCAGCCUA